AUGCGGCUGGCAGAGAGGCCAGGCCCACCGCGCGGGGCCGCAAAGGUGGUCCCUCGCCAGUCGACGCGGCAGUCAGCAGCUGCGGUAAAGGAUUGGAAUGUUCUGAUCACCGCCCGUGGCCGACGCAACGGCUGGGAGGCGGCACUGGCCGCCGCCACAGACAUGCAAAGGCACGGCUUGGCGUGGGAUCACUUCACCUUCGGUGGCCUCAUCGCAGCAUGUUCCAAGAGUAAAGCCCUAGGACCGGCCAUGGCUUUAUUGGAGGAGAUGCCAAAGCAGCAGCUGCGGCCAAACGCCUUUUGCGUUGGUGCGGCUGCAAGUGCAUGCGUCCGCCAGCAGCUUUGGUCGCAGGCAUUGCGCCUCUUGCGUGACUCUCGUGAAGCGAAGAUCUCGCCCACCACCGUGACCUAUGGAACAGCCGCCGGGGCUUACGCCGUGGAAGGGCACUGGGAGUCUGCCUUGGACUGUUUCGCCGAGUCGGCGGCUCUUGGCAUAGCCAGGAGCGUGAUCUUGGCGAACAGCGUAAUGCGUGCCUGUGAGCGCGCCAGUCAGUGGACACUUGCGCUGUGGCUGUUGCGGGAGGCGAUGCCCGCCGAGCAGCCACCCAUGGAGCCGGAUGCAGUCAGCUUUAGCUGCGCCAUGCACGCUUGCGUGAAAUCCGCGCAAUGGGACCUGGCACUGGAACUCUUCGAUGACUUUCCUGGAGGAGGACCUGAGAACCUCAAUGCUUCAAUGGCGGCCAUGACCGCCUUCGGUCUGGGCUCAUCUUGGGGCAAAGCCUUAGAGCUGGCGGACACACUCCGCCGUGGUGGGAGCCUUGACCCCUUGGCAGCAGGAGUUGCAGCCGGGGCUUGCGAGCGUGGGACAGCCUGGAUUCAGGCGCUGGCGAUUCUGCAGGAUCUACUGCAAAAAAGUUUGCAGCCUACCUUACCAGGGCUCCAGGCGACUCUGAAUGCUUGCUACGCAGGCGGCGCGCGGAGGCACACGGCCUCCCUCUUGGAGAAGGUAAGUCGCGAGGAGUUCAAGGGGAGUGCGGAGAAUGCUUCGACUACAGCUCCCGAGGCCAAAGAGCUCGAGCGCGUUGGUGGCACGUUGACCUCA